AUGUGUAUGAAGAUUCCGUCGGGUGAAGAGUCCAGCAGUUGUGUAAGCAACAAAAAUUUGGACCAGCUGCAGCUCAAGAAAAAGUUAGAGGGAGCUGUGCUUUGGGGCCCCUUUAGGCUUAGUGCGGCUCAAAACGGGCCAACGGCGGCCUCUGAUUGGUGGACGCGAGGAACGUUAACACCUUAG